ACUCAGAAGCAAGGCAGCGCCACCACAUCCAUUUUGAGCACAAAACUGACUCACUGAGUUCGAUCUCUUGCACAACCACAGACUCUAAAAAAAUCCCAAUCCAACGUCGUUGAGUAGCUUGAGCUAUCGAAAUGGGAUACAUACAGGAAGCACGUGAGAAUCAUGUGAAGAAGAAAGUAGAAGAAGCUUUGAGAAGCAAAAUGAAGCAGAAGGCACUAAAACAAUGUGAGGAACUCGCAUCCAAAUAUGCGCAAUGUGCAACUGGAAGAACAAUGUCUGUUGUGUGGCAGUGUAGAAAACAGGCUAAAGAAUUAAAUGAAUGCCUUCAUCAAUUCACAAAUGAUGCUGUCUUGGAAGAGAUGAAGCGAGAAUACACGCUUCAACAAGAUGUCAAGGGUCCUUUGAGAGCCUAACUGAUUCCCGGUGAUGAACCCAAAACCAAAUGAGCAUUUGAAAGUGAAAAAUUUCUAGCAACAACUUUAUAUAUCGGAUAAUGUUUUCAUGAAGCAGUUGGUUUGAACUUUGAACCUUGUCAAUAACAUAUAUUUAAUCAAACCUUUAAGCUAUAAUUGGUCUUGUAUGAUGUACGUACAUGGGAUUGAAGUCAGCAUGAGCUAGCUAGGUUUUGAUAUUGUUGUCACUAAUACAUACAAUGUACGUUUCAGUGCAAGAUAAUCUUUAGCAUUUAUGGAUGACUA